AUGUCUACAAAAAGUUUGGAAGACUAUCUUUUCUCCUAUACUAAACUUUCUGGGACUAAAAUCUUGCUUAUUUUUUAUAUCUCCAAAAGUACUUGGCAGCAUCCAACACAUUCUCGAAGAGUGUGGAAAAACUACCUUCCUGCUAUCAAUGGCAUUGUAUUUUUGGUGGAUUGUGCAGACCAUGAAAGGCUGUUAGAGUCAAAAGAAGAACUCGAUUCACUAAUGACAGAUGAAACCAUUGCUAAUGUGCCUAUACUGAUUCUUGGGAAUAAGAUCGACAGACCUGAAGCCAUCAGUGAAGAAAGAUUACGAGAGAUAUUUGGUUUAUAUGGUCAGACAACAGGAAAGGGCAGUGUGUCUCUGAAAGAACUGAACGCCCGACCCUUGGAAGUGUUCAUGUGCAGUGUGCUCAAAAGACAGGGCUAUGGAGAGGGCUUCCGCUGGAUGGCGCAGUACAUUGACUAACACCGACCUGCAUUGGUUCCAGGUCUCGACAUUCAGGCCUACUCAGAGCUUUGAUCGCUCAACAUGCAUAACUUGAACUCAAUAGACUUUUGUUGCUUAUAAAACUGAUGUUUUUUAGAUUAUUAAUAUUAUAUCAACUUAAUUUGAGUGAGAAUUGAAAACUGAUUCAAGUAAGUUUGAAUAUCACACUAUUAGUUUUCUAAUUCCAUAAAAAUAAUUAGUUUUUACAGUUUGUAAUCUGACAUUACCCCAGCGCCAUUUAUAAAGAACGACUUUCCGGGAGUACAUUUGAAGCACUUUUUAAUAACAUGAAACUACAAAUAUCAACCAUAUUUAAAAGCUCAUCAUGUUAAAUUUUUUAUGUACUUUUUUGGAACUAGUUUUUAAAUUUUAGAUUGUAUGUCCACCUAUUUUAAGUGUACAGUUAAUAAUUAGCUUAUCAAUGAUUGCAUGAUGCCUUACAGUUUUCAAUAAUAUUUUUUCUUAUGCAAACGUCAUGCAAUAAAACAAACUCUAAUGUUCAGCAUCUUU